AUGAGCGGAGCGCCAUCGGAAAACGAAGAAGAAAACGUGGAACAAAAUGAAGCGAUUCAAAAAAAUCAAUUCGAUCUAUCAACUCUGAAAGAUGACGAAACUGUAAUUGAUUUAACACAUUCACGGGCUGAUCAUAUUCCAGAUAUGACUAGAUUCACAAAACUCGAAGAAUUGUCUGUUCGAACAAAUCUUCUGACUUCGAUAUCCGAAAAUAUGUUACCUUUAACAACUUUAGUAGAAUUGGAUUUAUACGAAAAUCAACUCACAGAAAUUGCCAAUUUGGAACCACUUGUAAAUUUGAUAAAACUAGAUCUCAGUUAUAAUAGGUAUUUUUUUAAAAGAUAUUUCUGUUAAUUUUCAUUCAAUUUUUUUAUUUUUACAGACUUCGAGAAAUCAGUGGAAUUUCAACGCUCACAAAACUUGUUGAACUCUACUUUGUUCAUAACAAAAUUUCAAAAAUCGAAAAUCUUGAGAAUCAAACGCAGUUGAAACUCCUCGAACUCGGAGACAAUCGAAUCAAAGUUAUCGAAAAUAUCAAUCAUUUGGAAAAUUUAGAAGAAUUAUACUUGGGAAAAAAUAAAUUGAAGUGCAUCGAAAAUGUGGAAAAUUUGAAGAAGUUGAAGCUUUUCAGUGUACCCGUUGGUUUUUUAUCUUUUCAAAAAUAAAGAAUUAUCUUUUAAUUAAUAUAAUUUUUAAGGGAAAUCGUUUCGUGAAAAUUGAAAAUGUGGAUAAUUUGAAAAACUUGGAAGAAUUAUAUUUGAGCGAUCAAGGACUGCAAAAUUUGGAAGGAAUCGAAGAAUUGAAAAAGUUGCGGGUUCUUGAUGUUUCGAACAACGAAAUAACCACAUUUUCGAACAUCCAGUUAUUGGAAAACUUGGAAGAUUUUUGGGUAAGUUUUUCUUUCGUAAAAAAUAUUUUGAAAUUAACUUGUAUAUGUUUCAGGCAAACGAUAACCGUGUUGAUUCUUGGCCAGAAAUUGACAAGUUUGCAAAACUUUCUCAAUUGGACACUAUUUAUUUGGAAAGAAAUCCAAUUUAUAACAAUGAUCGAACUGGUUAUCGUAGAAAAGUUAUGAUGGCUCUGCCGCAAUUAAAGCAACUUGAUGCUAAUUUGUGCUCUCAUCCUGGUCUUUAA